AUGGAUUCAAGUUGGUGUGUUGUGGCAGUUACCUGUACAGGUCAACAGAUGGCACAUGGCCUGUUUUAUUUCCAGAUGACUUGAAUCUACAGAUGUCCCUUCCUCAGGCAUUGGAACAUUCGCCUUCCACUCCUGAAAAGCAGGUGUUGGAGGAAGUUUCUCUGGAAAGGAAUAAUGGCUGCUCUCCUUGAUGGAACUGAUGACCAGUACACCAUGUGGGCCUCCAAGACUGCGCUAACAAGUGGACCCCCGACAUUAUAUAUCGCUACGAUGUCUCUCCAGAAGGAUAAUUCGUCGGACGAGAGUUUGCAAGGUUCCUGGGUAGAGCUGCAUUUCAGUGGCACUGGCUCUCAAAGUACGAGUCAUCACGGGAGCCAGGAGCAGAUCCCCACAGCCAUCCAGGAGGGGGACCUGGAGAAAAUGCUGCUAGAUGCACAGAACGAGUCAGGCCGAAACAGCUCCAAAGGAAGCUCUCAGUGCAACAGUCCACUUAGAGCGCAGACUCCGCUUCUUCUGUGGAGAGGCUCAGAGGGAAACAGCUCACAGUCAGAUGAAGACUUCCAAGAGAGGAGACGAGAAGUGGAGAACCUGAUGAAGAAAAAUGCUGACUGGAUCUGGGACUGGUCGAGUCGACCUGAGAACAGUCCACCAAAGGAGUUCCUGCUGAAGUACCCUAAGCGCUCGACCUCUCUCAGCAUUAGGAACACCAGCGUGAUGAAGAAGGGAGGCGUUCUGUCUGCUGACUUUCUGAAGCUAUUCCUUCCCUCAUUAAUCAUUUCUCACAUACUUGCUGUCGGCCUAGGGAUAUACAUUGGGAAGCGUCUAACCACCCACAACACCUACUGAGAAGGGUGGUGGUGUGUUGUGACACCACGUCACCUUGACUUGACUUGUCUUGGCAUGCCUUAAAAUGGGACCUUCUGAAUAUCAAGGAUAUGUGGCCACGUGACACGGUCCAAUUUGAUUGAGUGCCCCACGUCACUCACACCUACGUGUAGAGUUGAGGAUCUGUCAUUGCUGUUUCAUGGUGUACCAUGCACCUGAACACAACAGUGACCAAUUCUCUCCUCCUUGCUGUUGUCCCUGUCCUGACCUGGAGAUGACUGUUUCGCUGCUUCCCGCUCCUUAAAUCUGCACGUUAGGGAACUGAUGUAUGCCAUCAACAUUGCCUUUUUCUUUUUGCAAUUAGAAAUCACUUUUGAUUUAGAAUGAUUUACUCUCCUGUAUAUUUUUUUCGGAUCAGAGAUGGAUGGACUGUUUUCACUUGUAUUUUUAUUUUGUCCAAGGGAUCAUUAGCCUCGUAUUUUAAGUGAUUGCAUCCAUUGUUGAUUGCUCUAUUUAUGCAAUAGUAAAUUGUGAUUGUAACAAAAUCGAAUAUCUUGCUGGUAUGGUCCACUUUAUUCACCCUGCUCAAAAUAAAAGUUAGAAAAACA